AUGGCAUUUUACUUUGCCCUAUUCAAUGUUUCGAAUGUAAACAACGAGUUGCGCGGCCAAAGGAAGGAGCGCCGGGACAAGCGAAGACACUCGUUAGCGUCGUCCAAUUGUCUCAGCACCGCCAAGGACUAUCGUUUAUUGCCAAAGUAUGUUUUUUGUGUUGUUUUGCUGCAGGGUAGGAACGCUGAUACCAAAAACAAAUUUUUUUGAGGUGGUGUGGAGGGGGAGGGGGGGGAGGGGUAUAUCUAACCCUGAUUUAGAUUUUGGGUUUUAAAAUUUUUUAAAUAAAAAAAAAAUUCAGUUAAAUUUUUUUUAACUUGUAUAGCUUAUAAAAAUGCGUUUAUCACAAAAUUUGUCAAUUUAAAAAAUUGGCAAAAUUUGUGACAUUUCGUUACAAAACUGAAAACUUUGUCUAUUGAAAGGGAUACAAGAUUGUUGCUUAAAAACUAAGAACAACGUAUUUUACUAAACUUAAAAAUAAAUUUUUAUAAAAUUGUUUAUUAAUCAAUAAAUUUUGUGGUAUUUCGUCAUAAAACUUAAAAUUUGAUUUUUCUCGAAAUUUAGGUAACAAGUAUUGAAAUCAUAAUAGAAAGAACGUAUUUUACAAAAAAACACAUUUUAAAAAUAGUUUUUUACAUUUUAUAAACUCGAUAAAAUUUGUGACAUUUCGUCAUAUUUCUUAAAAAUCAUCAAAAUUGAUGUUUUUUUCUGUAAUAUACGAUUUACUUCUAUUGUAAGUUGUAAAAAGUUCUUUUUAUCUAAAAUUUAAGAUUUUCAAGUGUAUACAAUACGUUUUGUCAUUUCCAGGCCCCAAAUUGUAUUCCAACAUACAGACGAUGAUGCUCUGAAUGCCGUUUCUUCUGAAUCGCUGAAUCAUCGUCGAUCUUCGAGUAGAGAUUCUGGUCUGGCUAGAAGUGCACGAGAAUCUAGAUCAGCGAGGCUGAGUUCACAUCAAGAUCAAUUGGCACGGGAAUUGAAAAAAGUUCAUUUUCGGCCGAAUAAAAUGAAAAAAAGCAAAGAACGACUUGAUGUUGAUGGAGGUAGGGGUUUAAAAUACGAUUCUAUGGGCUUGGUGGUCGUUUAUAAGGUAUACAAAUUACUUUAGAACGUGAUUUUUGAAAAUAAAUGUUUUACCUAAAAUUUUUUUUGAAAAUUGAAAUUUUUUUUGUUUUUUGAUAUUACCUUACUGUAAAGAGUAAUAAAAAACUGAUUUUAGCUGAAGAACCAAUAUGGAUGAGACGUCAAACAGUCGAUUUGAGUGAUUCAUACCCAUCUUAUACAGACUCGUCUAAACGAGUGUCUGAACCAUGGGUAUAUUCGAUUGAUUUGGAUGAAAAUCAACCAGAAACUGAAAGAAAAAGCCGAUCACAAAGCUUGAGUCAUAGUAAGUAGCAUUCAUCAAACUACCCCUACCCCUAACCCUACCCCUGCCUCUACUCCUACCCCUACCACUACCCCUACCCCUAUCUUUACCCCCACCUUUACUUCUAUCCCUACCCUUACCCCUAGCCCUGCACCUACCCCAACCCAUACCUCUACUUCUACUCUUACCUCCACCCUUACCUUUACAUCUCUCUUCAGGUGAAAGUUGGUCCCCAGCCUCGCCAAUUUCCGACCAAACUAAUAGUAAUGUCAGUAACAACACCUUACUAUCAUCGCCAAAGCAAACAUGGCUAGCCUCAUCAGAAACCCUAACAGAAUCGACCACAAGUCAAGGUGAUCAGGUUUGGCAAAAGCCAGUAAUGGGAGUGAAUGCAUUAGAAGAUUGGGAUAAUAAUGAUGAAGUGGAGAAGCCUGAAGAACAACUAAAAGAUGAGCUACAAACCCACAUUAACACUUGGCCGGAAAUGAAUGCCAAGAAAAAGUAAGUACGUGUUUUCUUGAUAGAUUUGGUUGAUGUUUUGGACGUUGUUGAGUUUAUGUUGUAGUAUGUUUUUUUUUCAAUUUUACUUUGCUUAUUGUUUGGUAUUGGACCCCUCGUAUUUUACAAUGAUACAUUUGUUGAGAAUUUCCACUCUAGUAGCUCUUUUUCCUUCUUGAAAGAAAGGUAAUGUACAGGGACGUCGCUAUGGUUUUUCUCUGGGGGGGGAGGUCGAAAAAUUUUUUUUGGUCCACAGGGACCUGUGGACCGAUUUUCCAAAAAUCUUUUUUUUCGUUUUUCCGCGUAUAGGUACCACCUACCUGUGGAAUUUUUUUCUGAUUGGCUCUGGGGGGGGUGUACCUUGCCACCCCCCCCCCAAACGACGUCCCUGGUAAUGUAUAUGUAGAGGAGGGCUAGCAGGAUUUGUGGGAGGGUAGGGUAGAGUAAGGGUAGGUAUUGGGGUAUGAUAAAAUAGAAAAGGGUAGGUUAGGGUAGCGUAAAUUAAAGUAAGGUAGGGAUACAAGUGAACUGUAGCUUACAGUUAAAAAUGUUAGAGAAUCCCUACCCUAGCCCUUGUUUUACUUUUUUAAAUUAAAGGUAAGCUACAGCUAGGGUAGGUUCAAAGAAAAGAUAAACAAUGGAGAGGGAGUGUGAAAGUUCGGUUACCGUAAAUGACUAAAAAUAGUAGGGUAGGCAGGGCCGGACAGGGACUUUUGUUCUGGAGCGGGGGUCAAAAAAAUUGGUAGGGGGGCCCAAGUUCAACUUUUUUCGAAAAUUUUUUUCUGUGGGGGGGGGGUUCCACCUAUACUUCAGGAUAGAGUAGAGUAGGAUGGAUUAGAGUAAGAUAAGGUAAGGCCGGUGUAAGGUAGGUAGGGUAAAGUAAGGUAACGUAAAAGUAAGUUAAGUAUAGGGUAGGGUAAGGUGAGAAAAAGCAGUCUUUUUGUAGGCCGAGGAAGGGUAAUUUGGUCAGGGUAAAGAAAAAAUGAGGGAAUGGUGAGGGUGUGUCUAUUACCGAUAUCAUAUAUACAAAAAUUUAAUUUUCUUUGAAAAACGAGAAAUAUUUGUAAGCAAAGUUAGUAUCCGUACGAUAUAAUCUAACUUUCACGUCUUUGUCUAUCUAAAAUCAAAUUACAUGGUUUUAUGAUGUUACCGUACUAUUCCAAAUUUAAUUUUUUUUCAAAUUCAUUGAUAUUUUUCACUUUUCAAACAAUUGUCAUCCCUGUCUCCCUUACUCACUCCUCUACCAAAUCUAUUGUCGAUAUAAGGUCGUCUGGCUUAAUUAGUUGUUUAUCGGAAAAACUGUAGAAAUUGGAUUUACCACACCCCGGCCGUUUGUUUUGUUUUGAUAAUUCGAGGAAUUAGAUUUGAUGCUCACUAUAAAACCGCUAGCCAGACGGCAAUUGCGUUUUGUUUAUUGGCAACGUUCCGACGUGCCGUUCUCUGUUCUGUGCUAAGAUAUAACGUAUUUUAAAGCUAAAGGAGUGUUUUUUGAGGAAUACUGUAUUUUUUGAAAAGAUUACUGUAAUUUUGCUAUCCUACUCUACCUUUUUAACAAGAUUACUGUAACGUCUGCGCAGUUUACGGUAUUUUUUGAUAAUACUGAGGUUACUGUAACUUUUUUAUUCUUACUGUAAUUUUCUUCAUAUUGUUGAUAUUAUAGCACGUUACAGAACAUAUUGGUACUGUAUUAAGUAUUAUAACAAACUUUAAUACUACAGUACGAUACUAUAGUACGGUACAAAAAAUAUUGGUACUAUACUACGUUAGGAUACUAUAGGUUUCGAUUUGCAAAACCAUACUGUACUUUUUUAUUUGUAUUGCGAUACUACUUUGAUUUACAGUACGAUACAAAUAGUACCAAGAUGCUGAUUUUCAUGAUGUACUCGAAAAUCAAUGAAAAAUCAGUGGAGAAGGUCCUCCCAGCUAGUGAUGCCUCUACUCUAAAACUAACUGAUUCUAUGCAAACUAUCGCACCCACGCCUUGCGUACAGUAUCCUAAAACUCGCUGAUAAUAGUACUACUUCAUCUUAUAAUACUAUUAUAUUGUAUAUACUGUAAUAUGGCUAGGCUCUUAUCAUCAACUUGAUUUUCAUGUUCUUUAUAAGAACGUUGGGUUCAUAUUUUAUUACUGCGUACUCUAUGAGAUACGUACUUGUAAACCUAUGGUUUGUAGAUUAUGUAAGUUGACUUAUCAAUAAUGUGAUUAAAGGUAUUGCUGUAAGCUGUGAGUGAUUUGUGAGAUAGUAUCUGUAGUGUGAGUCGUAAUCUUAUCCUACCCUACCUUAACCUACCCUACCUUACCUUAAGCUACCCUACCUUACUCUACCUUAACCUACCCUACCCUACCUUACCCUACCCCACCCUACCCUACCCUUCCUUACCCUACCCUUCUCUACCUUACCUUACUCUACCCUCCUCUUAUUGUUAGUCUACUCUUUCCUUCCUCAACUUUCUCUACCUUUCCCUGCAUUACUCUGCUUAUCUCAGCCUACCCUAUUCUACUCUACCCCACCUUACCCUACUUUAUUUCCCAUACCUUCCUUGCCUCGCCUGCUUUGUUCUGCCCCGCUCUGCCCUAUAUUCCCUUAGCCAUUCCAUAAAAAAUGAAAGUAAAAUUCUGCUUUCUAAACAAAAAAUGUUUCAGAAUCCGUUGGCGUCCAACCUCACUGAUUCGUCGUCAUUCUGAGUCCGACCAGGGUCAAAAGAAGCCUCACAUCACUAAAACUACAUCAACAUUCAGGCGAUCUGUUGAGUUGACAUCACCUGAGAUUCAAAUUACAUCACCACGUGAUAACUACGAUGACAAUGGCAAUAGUACUACACAAAAUUACAAUGGCCCCAAAAAUAGCAUAAAUGGUACUGGUGGUGCUAUUAGUACUAACAUUGUAGUUAAUGGUACUGCUGGUACUAAUAGUACAAAAAUUGGAGUAAAUGGUACUAAUAUGCUUUCAAUUAGUACAAAAACAACUUUGAAUGGUACUGCUUUUGAAAAACCUACAGUAAGACAAAAAACUACAGUAAGCGGCAUACCCGUUGAUGAUGUCUAUACAGAUAACAUAAUCGGCCAACAGCUGACUAUGUUGGCCAGAAUAGAGAAGACUAAGCCCAUUAGUAUUGACAAGAAAGCUGGACUAAAACUUCGACAAGCAAAACCGAUGCAGUAUCUUGGUCAUAGUUACAGUAAUCAGACCAUAAGGAUUAUUGAUGACAAAGAUGACUAUGGUAAUAUGACAGGCUUUAAUGGACAUAGUAAUGGUGCCAAAUUUGAUAAACAGCAUGAUAAUUCACUUUAUAGUGGACCUCAUAUUAAGGUACUACCAAAUGGUACAAGUGGUACUACUGGUACUAAUGGUACCACUUGGGUCAAAAACACUACUAGUACUACUGGGAUAGAAAUGCCAGGCCAUUCGACCAGUUUCAACUCAAAUAGGCUUAAGAAUGAAGAUGAAGGCCAAAUUUGGAUCAACAGUCGAUCAAUCAGCUUCGACCAGUCGGUUCUCGGCUUAAAUCACUUGGAUCCAAACUUUUUUGAAACGACGGGAAAUUCAAAUUUUGACCAGUAUGAAGACUACCAAUCAAACGGUCCUUCUACUAAUGGUACUCUCAGAAGUGGCACCAGUGGUACUAAAACUGAAUUUUCGACCAAUAUUAUCGACCAAAAUUCGAAAUUUUUUGAAAAAACGAAAAUGCUUGGCCCACCAUUAAACGCUGUCCGCCAAACCAGUCCAAAACGUCAUUCUAGUCCACAUACCAAACUGACUGGUACCGAAAAGUCAAAAAGCUCAAAAAAGACAAGUUCAAACGCUACAACAGGCCAAAAAGCUAGUCCAGCUAAACGCUUUUCAAUCGAAAAUCACCUCAGAACCCGUCCACGUCUAUUCCAAAGUAUGACAAAGUCAAAUGAUAAGCAAAAUCGACCAGUCGGCAAAGAAAAGCAUGGUCAACAAAAUGGUAACGAAAAAAGGAAUCGACCAGUCGGUAGUGGAGAAAAAAGCCAAGAAUUUGAUGUAGGUAACAAUGGACUAGCCGUUAAUGAUAAGCUGAAUCGACCAGUCGUAACUCCAGUCGAUGUGUCGACCAAGAAGAAGAUUUUCCGCGAAAAUCUGGCCGCACUAGCUCGACAAUUGGGUAACAAAGUCAAUUACCGCCAUCAUAAUGAUAAUGUUCCUUUCAUAAAUGAAUUUACUGAUCCUAGAUUGAGCUCUGAAUGCGAUGUCAUGUCCAGAUCUAACGUUUUUUAA